AUCCAACCUCACUAAAUCCUAGUCGUUCAAUCCCCCGCCAUAAACCCCUCCCGGUCCCUCCCUCCACCCCCGAGAAUCACUUCCGGCCGCUCUGCGCCCCGCCGACCCGCCUUCCGCCGUCGCCGUCGCCGGCCCCGUCUCCGCCUCCCUCCGACGCCUCCCCUUCCACCUCCACCCCCGCGCUCUCAAGCUCUCCUUCCCCGGCGCCUUCCCCUCCCCCCGCCGGCCCCCCGCGGCGCCGCCGGCGCCACCAUGGUCGACACCGCCACCUUCAGCUAUGACUCCUUCCUCGCCGACAUCUCCAACUCCAAUGGCACCCUCGAGGCCACCAUUGCCGAAGUCGAGAAGGUCGACCGCAUCUUCUCCGACCCCGCCGUCCAGUCCUUCUUCGUCAACCCCACGAUCCCGCCGGAGAAGAAGCAGGAGGUGGUGAAAGAGAUCGCCUCCUCCUCCGAGCUUCAACCCCACACCGCCAACUUCCUCAACAUCCUCGUCGACAUGAAGCGGAUCGAUAUCAUCAAAGACAUCGUCAAGGAGUUCGAGGUGUUCUACAAUCGGAUCACCGGCACGGAGGUGGCCGUGGUGUCAUCGGUGAUGCGGCUUGAGUCCCAGGACCUCGCUCAGAUCGCUCAGUCGGUGCAAAGGCUCACAGGGGCCAAGAAUGUGAGGAUUAAGACAGUCAUCGAUUCCUCUCUCGUUGCUGGGUUCACCAUCCGGUACGGGCCGUCGGGGUCGAAGCUUAUUGACAUGAGCGUCAAGAAACAGCUCGACGAGAUUGCCGCGCAGCUCGACUUCUCCUCCAUUGCCCUCGCCUGAUUCCGAGAUUAAAUGCAUGUAACAAAGAUGACAAUGUUUAUGCUAUAGCAUAUAAUUGACGUAGAGUUUGAAAUUUAUGUACCGGAGAAAAUUUGGAUGAAGACACUAUGCAUACUUCGCAUUUCUGAGGAUUUCGCCCAAAGUAAGAACCAUAGAAGUAACAUCCCCAACUCAAACCUAGAUGAAUACGAUAUGCCUCUUGGUAUAUUUGACAAAUGGUGACAUAUUCUUCAAAAUCUCCUUUUUUG